GAAUUAAAUCAAAUGCUUUCAGAAACACCACCAGUUUGGAAAGGAUCAUCAAAGCUAUUUCGAAAUCUUAAAGAAAGAGGUGUAAUUUCUUAUACAGAAUAUCUUUUUCUUUUAUGUAUUUUAACAAAGCCACAUGCAGGUUUUAGAAUAGCUUUCAACAUGUUUGACACUGAUGGCAAUGAAAUGGUGGAUAAAAAGGAAUUUUUGGUGAGAAUCACCGUCUAUGGAUAUUAUUUUGUCACUGACAGUGUACUUAAGACAGAUGGAGAGGAACUUGUCUCCAGAAGCUAUUGGGAUACACUGAGACGAAACACAAGCCAAGCACUCUUUUCAGACCUUGCAGAGCGUGCUGAUGACAUCACAUGUUUAGUAGCAGAUACCACACUUCUUGUACACUUCUUUGGAAGAAAAGGAAAAGCUGAGCUAAAUUUUGAAGAUUUUUACAGAUUCAUGGACAACCUACAAACAGAAGUUCUAGAAAUAGAAUUCCUUUCCUACUCUAAUGGCAUGAAUACCAUCAGUGAAGAAGAUUUUGCUCAUAUUCUUUUGAGAUAUACAAAUGUGGAAAAUACAUCAGUAUUUUUGGAAAAUGUGCGUUACAGUAUACCUGAGGAAAAGGGCAUCACAUUUGAUGAAUUCAGAUCAUUUUUCCAGUUUUUGAAUAACUUAGAAGACUUUGCAAUAGCCUUGAAUAUGUAUAACUUUGCAAGUCGUUCUAUUGGGCAAGAUGAAUUCAAGCGUGCUGUCUAUGUAGCCACCGGCCUCAAACUUUCACCACAUUUAGUGAACACUGUCUUCAAGAUUUUUGACGUUGACAAGGAUGAUCAAUUAAGUUAUAAAGAAUUUAUUGGAAUUAUGAAAGACAGACUACAUAGAGGAUUCCGGGGUUAUAAAACAAUUCAGAAGUAUCCUACUUUCAAAUCCUGUCUGAAGAAGGAGCUUCAUAGCAGAUAA